AUGGCGAAAAUCCCAACGACUCAAAGCGCCAUCGUAGUCAAGGACAUCGGUAAGCCCAUGAUCUUGGUCCGCGUCACAGUCGGGGGAUUGAAUCCCCACGAUCAGUACGCUCGCGACUUUGGACUCUUCAUUGGAGACGAUCUGCCGAAUCUCUUGGCUAACGACGUCGUUGGCGUGGUAACUGCGCUUGGCGAGAGCGCGAAUCGAUUCAAGGUUGGGGAUCGUAUCUUCGCACAGGCGAGUGGGAAGAAAUCCAGGGGGUUGCAGGAGUAUGCGGUGCUGGAUGAGGAUUACGCUGCGAAGGUGCCAGAAGGAUUCAGUGAUGACGAAGCAGCAACGUUGCCGACAAACAUUAUUGCUGUUGUAAUCGGCUUCUUCGCCCCCUCCAACCUCGCCAUUCCCGCCCCCUGGACCAACAAGACUACCACCGAAGACACCAUCCUCAUCAUCGGUGGCGGAUCCAAUUGCGGCCGCUUCGCAGUUCAGCUCGCCCGCCUCUCCGGCUUCACCCGCAUCGUCGUUGUCGGUGGUCGCGAAGCUGAACUGAAAUCCUACGGCGCCACACAUGUCGUUGAUCGCCAUGGCGGCCACGAAGUCGUGACGAAGCGUGUCCGCGACAUCGUCGACGACGAUCUCACCCUUGCUUUUGACGCUGUGAGCCUACCUGGCGAACAGCAUCUCGCCAUCAAUGCUUUGUCCAAUUCCAGGACGGGCAAGUUGGCGCGCUUGUUGUCCCUGCAGGGAAGUGUGCAGGAACACCUGGUUCUGCCGAAACAGAGCGAGUAUGAAUUAAAGAACGUCAUGGGUGCAUCGCCUUUGAAUCCUGAUGCUACCGUGCCCUUCUGGAAGAUUGUUACCGAUUGGCUUGUCCAGGGUGAGCUUCAGGCGUUGGAGUAUGUGAGUGUGAGUGGACUGGAUGUGGCGAAGGUGAAUGAGGUGUUGGAUGGGUAUGGAAGUGGGAACAGGCCUAAGCAGACGCAUUUCAGUAUCUCAAAGAUCUAG